AUGGAGCAAGGUCUCGACGAACUGAUCGAGUGGCUUCUCACAGAAAUUGGCUUCUCGGGGCUCGAAGGCUUUUCGGCCCUAGAUUUGGUAAAAGCCGUCAAGGCUUUCUACCGCGAGAGAAGAGAUGCCGAUGGGGAUGAGUCGGGGCCCUCUGGCCCGGCUUCUAUUGAAAGUCAGGAGGUCGAUGCCACCGACGCUGCGCACGCAUCAAUAGUAUGGAAGUGGCUUGUCGCAAGGAAGGAUGUCAUUGUCGUUCCGUCACGGGUCAGAAAUAUGUCGCUUGAUGAGGCGCUUGCCCUGUCUCAAGACGGCCCGACUUCCUCAAUGGGACCACCAGAGUCUUUGAAAGACACUCCGCAAUCCUCCCAGUCGGAACCGAAGCGAAAGUCCUCUGCACCGGAUCCCAAUGCACGGCCACGUUUGUUCCUGUCCGAGGAGCGACAGUGGAAAGCUAUCGCCGGCCAUGGACCUGACCUCAAGCGUCUGCCGCAGUUUGAGUGGAAGGCUCUUGUCGCCAUUGCCUCCGUCAAGGAGAAGGGCAUACUGCAAGGAGACUUGACGAGGCUGACAGGGCAAGACAAACGAUCGCUGCCUAUGCGUACAGAUGCUCUAGCUCGGAAAGGCUACAUCAUUAAACAGUCGGCCAUGCUUCGAGGAUGCCGUACAAGCAAACUCUGGCUGGCCCAGUUCGGGCAGAACGCCAAGGCCGAUGUUGUACGGCAGGGACUCCCGCCUGAGAUCUUGAACAUGCCGGCCGAGGAGCUGACCGCGAGCUGGGAUCCGGUUUCGUUCACUCAAUACUACACAAAUGAUACCAUCGACUACAUAGCCAUUUCUCAGACAUUCCUGAUGAUCCUCAAAGCAUACAAGGCCAUGAGGUAUUGCGAUCUCCGUGCCAAGAUGGACAUCAAGGAGAAAGUACCCCAGAUGCGAGCACUCGCUAAGUCUUCGCGGUGGUGGGCCCGGGCUGGUGUAUUGCGCUUUGAACCUAUGGAGUCCAAAAAGAGCAACAAGUUGUUCAAAGAUUGCAUGAAGUUUGUACGAGAUCCUACUCCGGAGGAAUGGGCAAAGUAUCGAACAACGCCAAAAGCAAACCUGAAGGUGCCGACCUCUCGUGUCAGGAAGAACAAAAAAGGUGCAGCGGCGCCAGCUGAUCCAUCGGCUGAUACGCUGCCACCGUCCAGGAGACUGGGGAAAAAGCCACUGCCAAAGCGGCCAACCCCCGAAGUCAUUCCCAGUCCUGCUCUGAUCCGGCUUUCAGGUUGGACACCGUAUAAGCCCAUGGUAAAUACUGUCCAGGAGAUCAUCAGACGUGCGGGGCCUGAAGGCUCCUCAAAUGUCAAGAUCGGGAUGUUCACGCUUGGUUGGCCAUACCGGAAGUGGGUUUCGACCUUGACAAGUGUAAUCAGCCUGCCCCGUCCUCGCCCAGCCCAUGUUCAAGCCUUCAUCGUUGAAUCUCAACUGAAGCGCGUCGGAAAAACGAACACGUACAAGUUCGUUGCAACUGGCGCAUUGAAAAUUGGCCACCAGGACCAGACCAAUGAACACGAAGGGCGAACCAUCGAACCACCUGCUCAGAGAUAUGGUCCUUCAUCUUCACAAGACAGCAAAGGAGCUAUGGUCAAGUACACAUUCCCAGCCUUCUCUCCCAAAGCUUUCCUGAAGCCAGGCCGAAAAGUCUCGGGUUAUCUAAUACCGUAUGGAGCGAGGAAAGGCGACCAGCUCCCCACGAAGCGCAAACGGGAUGGCGAGGAGGAAAUUUCUGUGCCUAUACAGAAAAGACCUAGAGUCACACUUACUGCCGAUGUUCGCCAUCCAAGCGUAGAAAAGAGCCCGGAACCACAGAUUGUAAGACCACCUGGAGUGCACUAUGGUAAAAAGAACUCUCUGGAUCCUUACAAACCCAUGGGCCGCCCAAGAAAGUCGGUCGUAUUGAUUUUCAACUCUCCGGCGCUCAAAGACCCGAACUUUUUCACCCGUAGACAGCAGGAGGCAGAACCGAAGGCGACCAGCGACGGAGUACAGGAUGCUGGCGGGCUGCAGUCUGUCAUCGAGGAAGACUCUAUCAACGUUGCAUCGACGCCAAAUUCCGACACUCAUGAAUCCCGUUCGCAAGCUGAGCCUCGUUCUGUGACUCCAGUACAAAAAACAGCUCGGCCUAAACGGGGGCGCUGGUCAGCGGGGGGUCCCAAGUCCUUCAAGUGCGAUAAGUGUGGCAAGAGCUGGAAGAACCCCAACGGCCUCGAGUAUCAUCAGACCAAAUCGCAGUCGCCUUGUAAUCCCGAUUACGUCGCGCCUCCGCCAAAGGCCAUGAGAGUCUUCACCCCGAAGCUGAAGGAAAGAUCAAUGUCUGCGGACGUGGCAGAGGAGACCGACGAAGCUUUGCCUUCGACGCAGAGAAAACCAUCGGAAGCCCCAAGAAACGUACUUCCGUCGCGACGACCGAAACGUGCCGCCCAAGAGAUAGAUGUGCCCGCUCCGGUGGCCGCUCCGCCUUCUCGCAACGCGACCCACCGUCAAGUGCGGUUGCAUAACGUCCUGGACUUGCCAACUGCAGUCAAGAGUCGCUCGGUGGCAAGUAUCGAAAGAUCGCCAAGACGUGGAACCGAGAGCCCUUUAGCAAACACUACAGCCAACAAGCGCUUUGAUAGCCCGGUAUCGAGCAAUGUAGCCGGAAGGCCACUGGAUAGAGCCGAGUCUAUCGAACCUCCAGCGACUACACUUUCUCUCAAUUCUCGCCGGCAAUUACUAAAGGGCAGCCAAAGCCUUCCUAUGGACAUGAACGGCGAGAACUUGAGCUCUUCUAAACUGGGACUGCCUGGUGCCACCUCGCAUACUUCGCAAACCCCGAAUGGCUCCUUGCAGCGUGGUAAGAAGACCUCCAAGAAACCGAGGCCAGACGCUGCGACCAAACAGCGUAUGUUUGAUGUUGUCCAAAGACUCCUGGAUCAGAACGAUGACGUGCUUCCUGGAGAUGAGUCACUCUUUCUUCUCGUCCUUCACAGGUGGUCUGAGGGUAGCGGUGAUAGUCAGAUUGGUCCACCGGACCGGACCAAAUAUGACAAGCUGAUGAAGGCUAUGGAGCGUGACAAGAUCAUUCACUGCCACACUUAUUCACUUCCCAAUAACGGAGGCGCAUUCGAGACCAUAUCAGUCAUAUUCAAACCCAGUCAUGGAGGUGCUUCGGAAGAUAUCUCCAAGAGGAUCGAUCAAGUCAAGAGCAAAUGCAUCGAGUUAUAUCCAGAGCCAUACAUACCAGCAAAGGUUGCAAUUCCUCGCUCGGAGUACGACUCACUUCGUGCUCUGGGUGAGAAGGAUACGGACAACGCCCCGCAUCUUGCAAAUGUGCAAGGAGCAUCCAAAUCGUCUGACAAGAAGAUCGCCACCUUGGAGUAUGAACUUCCCGUCGAUCUCAACGCCAAAUCAAAGGCUCCGGCUGGUUCCGGCCUUGACACAGAUAGUCCAGGGAGGAGACGGACUCGGCUUGACGCGGACGAUUCAGAUGAGCCGCACCGUCUCACACCCCGAAAGCGCCGGAAACUGAGAUCAGCAGACGACUUCUCUGCCGUUGGCAGAUCCAGCCAGCCCUCACGGCAGGACAGUCAGCAAGAUGGUGAAGCGGAUCAUGCGCAUUCAUACCUCCAGGACCCUGCGACUGGGGCCUGGUCUUCACAGCCGCAGAUGGCGAGGCCCACAGCGAGGGUUGAUGCAGAGAUACUUACCGCUACUCCACGGACCCGGAAGGCCACAACACCAACACCCAGGCGCCGCAUCCGUCGUGGAAGGAAGGCGGCUCCGGACCCAGCUGCAAGAGGAGAUAUUGACGAUGGAGAUGUCUCAUGGGAUGUAGCACUCGCUCCGGCUGAAGUGAUCAAAGCCUUCGAGGCAUCGUCAACCAUCCAAUUCCUCCCACCGACCACGCCGGCCGAGUUCGCCAAAGCAACCUCAAUGGAAGACGACAUGUCGGAAGACGACGAUGAGGAUGAUGAAGAUCUCCUCACCUUGGACGAUGACGAAGAUCAUCUGCCAAAGGAGGCAGCAGCCAAGGACUCCGCCUUCACCACGCUUCACUCAAUCGUGGCUACUGGGCAUGGCGUUUGGCCAGGCACAUUCCCUAGAUCCUAUUUUAUGGAUCGACCGGGUGGCAGCUUCACGAUGGUAGGAAGCUUUCCGGACUCGCGAUGGCUCCUGAGGCAGAACCUACCGCAGAACGUGCGCGAGAUGGUAGAAAACGUGCAGCUCACCAGGGCGAUGAGGAAAGGCAUCGACCGCGUCUACGGGGAUUUCGGCCGUGAUGUCACAGCCAUUGAGACGUGGGAAAUGUCCCCUGAAGGCAUAUAUCUGCAAAACCGUGGAAGUAUUGCUCCAGACCAUAUAUUCAUCUCCCUCGCCAGUGACCCGAGCGAGGCUAGCAUGGAACCCGUCACAUUGGAAUGGCCCGAGGACACUCAAUACACGAUUGACACCCUGCCUAACGAAAUCAAGUAUGGUAUAGUUGAAGACGACGGCGGGCAGUCUUUGACAUCGAAACCGGACACCGUCACCGAAAUGCCAAAACGAGCUUACAGACGCCGCAACGUCGAUGGGGAGUCGCGUCAACCCGUCAAACGCUCUCAAGGUAACUGGAAAGCGCGAACACUGAGCGCCAUACCCAAACGAUCGACAGGACGUUGGAACAAGCAACGAGCCAUUGGCGACAACCUUGGACGGAACAAGGAGACAGAAUUACUCGUCGCGAUUGUCAUCAUUCGGAAACUGCUUGGUGGUGUGGACAAGAUCACAGACUGGGGCUUGAUCAUCAAACUGUACCCUGAAUGGUCGUUGUCAGGCAUAAAGAGGUUCUGGAAUCGGAUUUGCCGAGAGAGGGCCAACUACAUCGAAGCGCUUUCUAAGAAAUUUGACUCGGCAUACCUCGAUGCAUACGAGAAGAAUGAGGUCCCGUCCAUCGACUACGACGACCUCGAUAACUAUGACUGGAGAACAGUAAUCGCAUGGGCCACCAAGUUGGAGACUCACGAUGGGGUCGAGCUGCCGGUGACCCGCAGGCAGUUCAAUAACCAAUACAAACUUUCUGAGCCCAAGAAGGACGAGGAAAAUUGGCGAGAGACCUGGUACCACUUCCAAUCAUCGACCUUUGUCAGGACCGAAGGAGCUGCUGGCCAACAUGCGACGCUCCCGGCCACCAAACCUUCGCCAAGUUCCACACCAUUCAGCACGACCGAGAUUCAUCUGGCCAUGUCGUGGGUCCGUGCCCUCUGCGAUGAUACGAAGGGAAUCACCAUCGGCACAGAUAUCAGAGCUACCCUGCUAAAACGAUGGAGGGGCGACAAAGCCUCGCUCGACGAGCUGCUUGACUAUGCCAUCACUAAACUCUUGGAAAGCAAGGUCAUCUCCAGGCUCUACGGCAAAGGUCGCAGUCGCAGUUUCAGACUGAACACGCUCUUUGAGAACCGAGCCAAGAAGUUCGCGAAUCUGGAAAGGUUCACCCAGGCCAUUUCGUUCAAGGCUGAACUGGACAAGAAGUUCCGCAGCAACGAAGCCAUGAUCCUUCCUUACAACGCAAACGAUGGCGCGAUCAUGGCCAUGAUCAACCUGCAGGCUUAUGGCAGGGUGCGACUCGCAGAUGACAACUUCCCCGUCAUACCGCAUGGUUUCAAGCCGGGAGACUACGAAGGUCGAAAGUACCCCAAGCGAUACUACCAGUGGGACGUGAAGCUGAUGCCUACGGACAAGUAUGUCUACGAUGAGGAUCUCCCCCUCGUCAUGCUGGCAAAGGACGUGGUCAUCCCCAAGAGCGGACCCCUCGGCGAGAUCCCCGGCUGGUACGACUUCUUCGGCAACCUGGACCACGGGCGCUGGGUUCAGUACCUCUGCAUGAUGGUGUUUGCCCUCGCCACCAAGGGGCCCAUGACGGCCGAGAGCGCCGUCUCGCUCCUCGCUCCGACGAUCGAGGCCUUCGAGGCCCAGUUGAUCAUCGACUGGCUCGACGGCCUGGGAGUUGUCCAGAGACUCGUCGGCAACCGCGCGCUUACGGUCGGUGAGUGGUGGUGGCUUGUCACAGGGAGACUCGCGAGCACGCAGGCCCAGGAAGUGGUGGAAGAGUGA